AUUGAGGUCCUGUGAAGCUAGAAAUAAAAGCCUAGCUGGUGAUUCUCCAUCCAUAGCCUUGCGAACCUUGGACGAGGCGCGGGUCUCCGGAUAUCUUUUCCGAGAAACGACGCACUUGCAUCUGGAGCCCCCCAGAUCUUCAUUCUCCGCGUUCUCGAUCCAAUCUCAUAAUUCCUCCUCUAUCUUCAGCUUCACUCUCACCCGUGCCGAGUAAGAGAGACGUCAGCCCGAGGCAAAUCCAUCUCGACAACAAACAUUUUCAACACCCAUCCUCCAAUCCAAGCCCCCAGCACUUUUGUCCCCGUCAACCGCCAAACCAUGUCCUCGGACAUCCUCACUCAACUCCAGACCUGCUACGACCAACUACUCACCCAAUUCUUCUCGACCAUCUCCUACCUCUCUCAACGCCACCCACUCGUCGCCCCGAUCCCCGACCCAAAUGACCCCUACACCAACCCUCCCUCCGCGACCGCGCCCCCACAAACACCCAACCUCGACGGCACACCCGCAGCUCCCUCGUCAGGCCUGCUCCCUGGCCCCGAAGACACAGACCGCUCCGUGUAUCCUCUCCGGCCCGCGGCGCCGGAAGUCUUCGCGUCCGCCCAGCGCGAACUUAGCGACGACCUCGUCACCAAAGCCCAGCAGAUCGAAUAUCUCAUCUCCAGACUUCCGGGCAUCGGACGUGGCGAGGAACAACAGGCCGAAGAAAUCCGAAUAUUGGUCGAGAAAGUACGGGAGAUGGAGGCGCGAAGAAAAGAGAAGCGCAGGGAAAUGCGCGAGUGCGUGAGACGAUUGGACGCAGUGGUGUUGGGUAUGGCCGAGAGUGUGGAGUACGAUGCAGAUAGCAAUAAGCACGAGCAAGCAACAGAGACGUGACGAUCAACUUUUGGUCACUUCGAGAAACAAACAAUCGUCACUGAAGGUUGAUUCAAGAGCCUUACUACGGGCUGGUGUCAAAGGUCGGAGUCGUGAAUGGUCAUUAUUCAAAAGGAAAGCAAGAGACUUGAUCUCCUAGUUACAAAAUCUCACCACGCUUGCUCGAAUGACAGACAACAGAAGCAACGACAUUAUCAAGGACCAUAUCCAUCGGAAAGCCGCAAGAGCCACCACGACAAUGCUUAUUCAUUCCAAGUCGAAGCUCGCGUCCUCGGCCGAGAAGUCCCGGUCUGCUAAACCAUCAUGCUCCUCCGCCGACUGGCCGCCCUCUCCGUACUCGGAGCGAUGCUGUUGCCUGAGGUGGCACUGCUAUCAGUACCUGAUGGUCGUAUAUUGGAGUUAAUGCUGCUGGAACGCUUCAAGCCCGCGGCUCGAGAAGAGGACGAGUUCUGUCUCAGGCUCGCAGCCGAACUGGGGCGCGGAGGCGGCGCCCUCGGAGUAGGAUUUAACCGCGAGGACAGUAGCGGUCCUGCGUUGUCCUUGGUAGGAUUAUCGACGGCUGAGUCGGAGGCAGAAGACUGCAUAGAAUGCCUUCUGCUCAGCAAAUUUGUGGUACUUUUCCGCUUUGUCGUCCUCGCAUCCUGCUCAU